AUGGCUUCCCGGUCACUCGCAGCGUCGCUACCUCGACGAUUCUUCUCGUCGCCACGCUCCGUGAAGUUUGCGCCUCGUACAUUUUCUUGCACCGCGCAGCGAACACAGUCACCGUGGGAGUCGUACCGUCCCGCGCUGCUUUUUGCCGGCCAACGAAGAGCCAUCUUCUCCACCGCUCGAUCCAGAUUCGCCCAAGUACGCGAUGACGACCCACGGCAAAUAGAACGGGAAGCAGACGAGGUCGACGUCUGCAUCGUUGGUGGCGGGCCCGCGGGGCUGUCAGCAGCUAUCAAGCUGAAGCAGCUGGCAAAUGAGGCCGGCAAUGAAGACUUUCGAGUGUUGGUGCUUGAGAAAGCCGGAGAAAUGGGUGACCACAUCGUUUCUGGCAACGUCAUCGAGCCGUCCGCCCUUGAUGAGCUUCUUCCCGACUGGAAGUCGGAGGAUAACCCCAACCGCUACGAACACAUCACACCCGCCAAAGAAGAUCGCAUGCGCUUCUUGACCAAGACUGGCUCGAUAUGGAUGCCAAAGCCUCCGCAGAUGAACAACCACGGCAACUACAUAAUAAGCCUGAAUCAGCUGGUUAAAUGGCUUGGUGAGCGGGCAGAAGAGGUUGGUGUGGAGGUAUAUCCUGGCUUUGCGGCCUCGGAGAUACUAUAUGACCACGAAGGCGCUGUCAAGGGCGUUGCAACAAACGAUCUCGGCAUCUCAAGGGAUGGUACACCCAAGGACUCUUUCGAGCGUGGCAUGGAAUUUCAUGCUCGCGUGACGCUGCUGGGAGAGGGUUGUCACGGCAGUCUUUCGAAACAAGUCAUCAAGAAGUACGACUUGAGACGUGACAGCCAGCAUCAGACAUACGCCCUUGGUAUCAAGGAAAUAUGGGAGAUACAACCGGAGAAAUUCCAUUCGGGCCUGAUCUGUCACUCCAUGGGAUAUCCCCUUCCUAGGGACACCUAUGGUGGUGGCUGGAUGUAUCACUUCGGAGACAACAUGGUGAGCAUUGGCUUGGUGACAGGCCUGGACUACCCCAAUCCAUGGCUGGCGCCCUAUGGCGAGUUCCAGAAAAUGAAGCACCACCCUUUCUACCGAGAUGUGCUAGAGGGAGGCAAGUGCAUAUCAUAUGGUGCUAGGACGCUCGUAGAGGGUGGCUUCCAGUCAAUACCAAAAUGCGCUUUCCCCGGUGGUGCUUUGAUUGGCGACACCGCGGGAUUCUUGAAUGUGCCAAAGAUCAAGGGCACUCACACCGCUAUGCGAUCUGGAAUGCUUGCAGCGGAAGCGACCUGGGACGCUCUGCAGGGCAACGCAGAAGGCUCUGUGUUCCUGUAUGAUUACGAGGACAAACUGCGCAACUCAACCAUUUGGUCAGAGCUAAAGCAGGUUCGAAACAUGCGACCUUCUUUCCACAGCCCAUUUGGGUUCUUUGGCGGUGUUCUCUAUUCAGGUCUAGAGGCAUAUGUUCUCCGAGGCAAGGCGCCCUGGACACUGAAGCAUGGGAAACCAGACUAUGCCGCCACAAAGACCGCGGGCGUGUGCGAGAAGAUCGAAUACCCUAAGCCAGACGGCAAAAUCAGCUUUGAUAUCUUGACAAGUGUCAGCCGGAGCGGCACCAAUCACGAGGAAGAUCAGCCCGUCCACCUGCAGGUAAAGGACUGGGAUGCACAUGCUCAGAAGGAGUGGCCCAAGUAUAAGGGCGUCGAAAAUCGCUUCUGCCCCGCCGGCGUUUACGAGUAUGUUGAGGACGACAGCAAGGAACUGGGCGUCAGGUUUCAGAUCAACGCCCAAAACUGCGUGCACUGCAAGACAUGCGAUAUCAAAGUACCGGAUCAGGAUAUCAACUGGGUCACUCCGCAGGGUGGCGAGGGUCCCAAGUAUGUAUUGACCUAA